CGCUGUGCGGGUAUCAUCCGACUUAUAACCGCGCACAUGGACAAGUCGACGCCAACAAACCGAACAACAACUUCAAAAAAACGCAAACACAGUGAAUACUAUGAUCCAGAUUAUAGUAACACAAAUGAAAAGCCCCAGAAUGCAAAGCGUAUCAAUAUUGAGAUGGAGGAAGAAAAAGAAGACGAUAAUGAUGGGAAUUUGGCCAGCAGAAAUAGUCAAAACGUGGCACAACUUAAACGCAUUGAGGAAAUUGUGCGUGCGGAAUUCCAAAAAGAACUAUCCUUAAAAGAGCAGCAGCUAAUCGAUAUUGAUAACCGUAUAGCGCAAGCGCGGCAGCUGUUGGAUAAACUGCGUUUUCAAGUGGUCAGUGAAUACUACAAAAAACAACAAGUAAAUCUAACGGCACCAGACGUGUCCAGGGUGCGAUCCGGAGACUCGUUGUUUGCUGAUGGGGUUGAACGCUCUGGUCCUCAACUGCCACUCCAUCCAGCUAUCAAAAAGAUUGUUGGGAAACAACCUCUGCCCAUACAGUUACACCUGCCGGAGCGUAAUGCUGCUACCUUGGCAAAACAAAAUAUACAGUUGCGAAACCCAGCACACAGGCGGGCGGAGCGUCGUCGACAACAGAAGAUCAGAGAACAAGGUAUCGUCACUGAUCACACUUUGAAUGAAAAGAAAAAAAAAGAAACGAUCAAAAUGGAUGAGCAACCCUCCACAAGUCGGGAAGCAAAUAAAAGUCUGUGUGAGUUGGAUGGAUCCAUGUCACAAUUGAACGUGUCGCGUUCAAACAACAAAAGCAAAUUCCACUUUGUUGUGGGCAACACUUCAAAGUACAUUGGUGGCGUUCACUUCAAUGCCGGAGGCCAAUCUUUGGCUUACAAAUGGCUCGUCUACGUGCAGGGCAAGGGCCUGCCACAGCCACCCGAAGCAUACCUCAAAAAGGUUCGUUUUCAAAUGCAUCACUCGUAUCGACCCAACGAUAUAGUCGACGUCCAUGAGCCACCUUUUCAGCUGACGCGACGUGGCUGGGGAGAGUUUCCUAUUCGCCUUCAGCUCUACUUCCAGGAGCACCUUCAACAAAAGCCCGUUCAACUUAUGCAUAACAUUGUGCUGGACAAGACAAUGUGCGGCCUGCACACAAUGGGUGGGGAAACUACAGUGGAAGUCUGGUUGCGCGCUAAUUCUGAGAGCAAUGCUAAUGCAAAAACGAACCUAAGGCACACUCAGAUGACCCCAUCAUUGCCUCUAGAGUCUCCAAAGCUCAUCAGUUGUAAGCCACGAACAAUAUCUAUAACAGCAAAUAAGGAAGAGCUGGAUGAUAAUCUCUUCGGGUGCAUAAGCAAAAUCGAGCUAAGUGACGACAUUGAGCAAAUCGAGCCCACGGUAUUGGUCUCGGAGCCGCUUAAGCUUAGCAGCCCCAAGAAGUCGAAUCCUAUAGAGUCCAGCUCAUUGCAGUUAUUAUCCCAAACCGGCUCCCCCAUUGACCAAUGGAGUGUAAUUGGAAGCGUUAGUAGUAGCAAGGCUCCGCAUGCAAUCCCUUCAUAUAUGCGACACGGACACACCAAAGCGAUUGUGAAGAACGUGGUAUUUCAGAAGGCUGGAAAACUGUACAUUAUUGAUCCUCUGCAAUCGAAACUUAAGCAGGCCGCAAAGCAGCAGUCCUUGUUAAAGCCUCAACGAAGCCUUCUUAAGCAACCCGCCCAGCAGCUCUCCAAGCGUUGGCAAAUUCUAGAGUGCAUUUACCAUGAUCACGGGUAUGCAAAUAUGUGUGGACACGAGUUGGUGUCGGCCUUAGAUACUGCACAUAACAGUCGAACGAAAAUCGAGCGCUUUUUCAAUGAUAUUCCCUUUCAAAGUAUGUGUAGCGCGUUAGAGUUUCUGCUGCGACGUCUUCCUUUGACAGGCACGAAUGAUAACGGGUUUCCGUUUAUUGUUAAUACAGAGGAAGCCUUCCACGCCCAGUCGGCUUUGCGCCAACGUUUCUAUGAGUACAUGCGCGGUCGAGUUCUCUCUCGGUGGAUGCGCCAACAUUUGCACUUGCAGCAGUUGCAUGCCAGUGGACAGGAGACAUACUGGAGCAUACGUGAAAUUGUUGCCUUUGCACGGCUUAACGGCUAUACACCGUCUUUGAAAUUACUGAGUGUUAACCGACAACAAAGAUUACUAGCAUUGGCUCCUCUGGCGAAACGUGUUCAGCAACAACUGAAAGAGGAGCCGCAGCCACAGCUAAUGGAAUUUUGUAGUCUUAGCUCUACCUCCUGUAUAGAAAAGUGGUUAAGAGAGCAGUCUUUAAGGAUGAAGAGCCAGGACCGGCUCUUAGAAAAUCAGCAGCUUGUCGAUGUCAUCGGCUUAGACUUGGGGUUGAAAGCGGGUGAACCACAAGCUCGGCUGACUUUAAAGGAAUCAAAAAACGCAAAAUUUCAACAAUUAUUUUACCUACCACCGCCAAAGAAAUUGGAAACAGCGAUGGAACUGGUGCGCGAUAUGUGUAAGGAUUUGGGCAUUGCACUGGGGACUGAGCAGAGUGUUCCAGGUGUAUCCCAGUCUUUGGCGCUCACACUUUUGGCACAUGUGCUGCGCAUGUUUAUGGAGAAAUUAGUACGUCGGGCGGUAGCUACCAAGCUCCAUCAGGAACAAGCUGGUGCAUCAAAUGUCAUAAUACCGCUCGCAGUCGCAAAUUUUGACCUAUCGCUCCUGCCAUACGAUAUCGCACACAUUAUUGUCCAAAGCCCUGAAUUCGAUUUCCUUGGAAAUAGAAAUCUUGCUGUGACUAUGUCAAAUUCACAAGCAUGACUGUUUAAUUCGAAAAUACGGCUAUUUGAAUUGAAUUUAUUUAAAUAUUCUACUUCUAGUUCAAAUUUUACUGGGAUAUUUUCUG